AUCGCGGAACUUUAAUUCUCUCGAGAACGAAGUCUACAUCCGGGAUCUCGUGACCAGCACAAGUUGGAAUUCUUGGAUUUUGACGAAACAUCUUGGCUCCGUCGGGGCGUUUUUAUAUCGACAUAUUGGGACAAGUCCCAGCAACCUGCGUAGGCAUUACCUCGGCUCCGGAUAUCUUUUUCAUAUAACACCACUUUGACAACCUUUUUUAUGACGUUUUUGAGUAUUGACGGGCCAUUGCCGUGGCACAAAGGAAAGAUUGCUUCCACACAUUCGGAUCAAACUAUAGACCCUUUAAUUAGUUUUAUGAAUUUCCAACGGUAUUGUUGCCAUUUGUUUUGUACGGGCAGUGGAAUUCACAGAAAGCACAGGUCGUCUAACACAAGUAAUUCACAAUGGCUAGCCUCAACAUCAAUAGUGAGGUCACCGACCCUUUCUACAGGUACAAGAUGCCUCGUCUCCUAGCUAAGGUUGAAGGCAAGGGCAAUGGAAUUAAAACAGUCAUUGUUAAUAUGGUUGAGGUCGCCAAAGCAUUGGACCGACCACCAACAUAUCCCACCAAAUAUUUUGGCUGUGAACUUGGCGCUCAAACUCAAUUUGAUUACAAGAAUGAGCGAUACAUUGUUAACGGUUCACAUGAUGCCCAAAAGCUUCAGUUACUUCUAGAUGGCUUCAUUAAAAGAUUUGUGCUUUGUCCAGAAUGUUCAAAUCCAGAAACUAAAUUUACAGUGAAGAAGACGACUAUUGCCCAGCGGUGCAUUGCUUGUGGCUUUUCAGGCCAGGUUGACAUGAGACAUAAACUGACCACAUUCAUCUUAAAGAACCCUCCUGAUUUUGAUCCAUCAGCUGCUACACCAACUAAAGGUGGUAAGAAAAGCAAGAAAGAGAAAUCUAACAAGAAACAUGUGAAUGGGGAUGCUGAUGAGAAGGAUCGUGCUAGCCCUGAGGCAAAUGCUCAGGAACAGAUGGCAGCUCAGCGUGCAAGUGGGGGAGUUGUGGAUGCCCCACCUGAAGUUGAUAAUCAAGAUGAUGAUGGAGAAGACUGGAUUCCAGAUGAAGAUAUAACAGCAGAUGCCAUUAAACAAAGGAUGGAAGAACUCAGUGAUGCUGCAAAGAUUAUGGCCUUGUCAGAUGACCUAGAAAAAUCUCAAGAUGACCGACUGGAAAUGUUUUACCAGUUUGUGAAGUCCAAGCGCGACAGUAACAACAUGGCUGCCGUGGAGAAGGACAUCGUAGCAGAGGCAGAGAGACUGGAAGUUAAGGAUAAAAGCGUUCUGAUUCUGGUAGAACUGCUGUUGGACACAAAGAUCCUGACUCAGAUCAAACAGCAUCGCCGUCUUUUCUUAAGGUUUUGUCAUGAAAACCACAAAGCACAAAAAUACCUGAUGGGAGGACUGGAGCAGUUGGUGGGGAAAGUGCAUGCUGAAUUGUUGCUACCCAAAAUGCCACAUAUUCUUAAGGCCCUGUACGACUCGGAUAUUCUAGAGGAGGAAAUUAUCCUUGACUGGGACAAGAAGGUUUCCAAGAAGUAUGUACAGGACAAGAAAGUGGUUCAGGAAAUACACGAGAAAGCUGCACCUUUCAUUAAAUGGCUUAAGGAAGCCGAGGAGGAGGAAAGUGAAAGCGGGGAAGAGGAUGAGAAUAUUGAGGUUGUGUAUUCAACCUCAGGAAGGGUUGGACAGCAGACGGAGGCACCUGCCGCGCCCGUGGACACUGGUCCAGAGAUCGAUAUUGAUGCCAUUUAAACUUUUAUAGAGUUUUAUUUUAUUAUUCCUUGUAUACAUCCCCCAUUUAGUACACAAGGUCGUGGGAGAAACCUCACUAUUGUAUGCUAUCUUUAAUAUAUAUAUUUAUAUUUGUACAGGAAACUUAAGUACUGCACUUCUUUUCCAAUUCUGGAUAUUCUUUGUUUUGAUUUUUUCUGAAGGAGGCCUUCUUACAUUUACUGUGAUGGAACAUGAUGUGAAUAACUUGGUGGAUUAAAGCUAAUGACAAUGUGAUAUUUUAUUGGACACAGACUGUUACAAGGUGUCGGUGGAAUCUUGUAUAGGGCAAUUCACAUUUAAAAUCAUGCGUGUCAUUUGUAGUACUGCUGUGAAGUCAUUUUUGGGAUUAAUAUUGCAUGUGAUUUGUCAUAAUUGAUUACUUGUACAUACAAAUCAAAUCAUAACAUUUGGAAUGGGCCAAUAAUUAUCAGAUGUACUGGUAUUGUUGUAAGCAGAUUUUGUGCUGUAACUAGACAGAAAAGCAAAUUGUACAGACAUCAUUUUUGUGCUAGCGAGUGCUUAUAUUGCUUUUCAAUUAUAAAAAUGAAUUGUUGACACAUAAUGAUUCCAUCAUUGUUAUCUUUCUUGAAGUUCUUAGAUCUUCAUUGCAGAAAUUUGUAGUAAUUUUGGUCGCAGUGGUGUUAAUAAAAAGUACUGAGAAUGCUA